AUGGGUCGCCGAGUCGCCAGCACGACCUUGAUUGAGCAAGAAGACAUGUCGCGACCUUUCGAAAACAAACUGGCAAUCAUCACCGGAGCUUCCAGGGGACUCGGUGCUGAACUGGCGCGACAUCUAGCAGCAAAAGGUGCUAACAUAGUCAUCAACUACACAUCAGAUGCAUCCACUCCCAUCGCGAGAGAGCUUUCGUCUGAAAUAGAGAAAGUUCAUGGCGUCAAGACAUUGUUGGCUCAAUUCGAUAUCACAGCUGUCAAUGGUCCGGAACGGCUCAUUCAAGCUGCUCGGGCAGCGUUCACCAAGAAUGAUGAAUUUCGAAUCGACAUCUUGAUCAAUAACGCAGGUGUCGUCAACCCGGCGCCUUUAGGUUCGGUCACUCUCUCAGACUUCGAUGCAACUUUCCAGCUCAAUGCUCGCGCGCCGCUUUUUGUGUUGCAGGCUGCAUUGCCAUUCCUACCGCACGACCGGUCUGGUCGCGUUAUAAACGUCUCUUCCAUCACGACAUCCAUGGGCUUUUGGUGGCAGUCCUGCUACGCUGGUACCAAAGGUGCUCUCGAGUCUAUGACAAGAGUCUGGGCCCGAGAGCUGGGUGAGCGCUGCACUGUCAACAGCAUCAAUCCGGGCGCGAUGGCGACAGGCAUGUACACCGGUCUACCGAAGGUGAUGUUGGAAAAAGUCUGGUCACUCAACUACAUGGCACCCCUUGCAGCGACACGCGAUGGUAUUGAUUCACAGGAGACGAUUGAGGCUGCCAAGGACAUGGGCGGUAGACCAGCAUACUUGGAGGAGGUGGCAGGAAUUGUUGGCCUGCUUUGCAUGCCCGAAGCUGGCUGGAUCACGGGUCAAGUUAUUGGUAGCAAUGGAGGUGGGGUGAUGACCAAAGGAUAGGCAAAUUACAUCAAUUUAGAACCACUUCUAAAGCA